AUCAAUUACAGAUUCAGGCUGAUACUUUCUAGCCCUAAAUCCAUCCUUUAGAAAAUCAACAAAAGAAUAACAGAAAAAUAUACAUCAAAUUUGUAUGUAUCAGUCGAAACUGUGUGAUACUGCAUAAUGUGAAAGAGGUAGGGGGGCAAUCUUUGUCAAAAAAUGAAUUCAAUUUCGAGAAGAAAUUUCUUUGUUUAUGGAUUCUUGGUUAAAGAGCAGCAAAAGAUUAAAACUAUAAUUGAAUUGCAUCUGAGUUUACUCGAGUCCAGGAAGCACUUCUUCCACAUCUUACCCAAGAAUGCUUAUCAGCCAUGCAUGCAACAAAUAUCUUCAAUAUCCACUCAAAGUUAAGCCCGCCAAUAUUUUUCCAUUCAUAGUUUCUUUCUAGGUAGGCUCAAAGUGUACAGAGGUACAAACAACGAAGUUCAUUGCGGCUAAAACAUUCAGGUGAAUGGCUCAGCCGGCGCGGCUGUGCCUGAGGAGUUCAAAUUCUCCUUCAUGGUUCUUUUACAGCCAUUUCUUGAAACUUCCCACCCUUUCCAAACGGUAUUGCAGCAGGGACUAUGCAACUCCGGUAAUGCUAAAAAACCCACAAAAAUUGACGGGCAACUCGACCAUCUUUGGCUUAGAGUUGGGAAAGGGUGUCCAUAGACGUAAUCUUGAAUUAAGAAGCUUGGGUAAUCAAGGUAAAGUAAGUGAAGCCAGGAAGAUGUUCGAUGAAAUGCCGCAAAGAGAUGUCGUUUCUUAUGCUUCCAUGAUUACGAUUUAUCUUAAACAAAAUGAUCUUCCUAGAGCUGAAAGUUUGUAUAGUGCAAUGCCUGAGAGAUAUAUUGUAGCUGAUUCGGCAAUGGUACACGCCUAUGCUAAGGUUGGUCAGCUGGAUCUUGCGCGGAAAAUUUUUGAUCGUAUGCCUUGUAGAAAUGUGUUUUCUUGGACUGGUUUGAUUUCUGGGUAUUUUAAACAUGGAAGGGUGGAUGACGCUUGUGAACUCUUUCGACAAAUGCCUGAGAAAAACGUGGUUUCGUGGACUACAAUGUUGUUGGGUUUUGCUCGAAAUGGCUUGAUUGAUCAGGCGCAGGAAACUUUUGAUCAAAUGCCAGUCAAAAAUGUGGUUUCUUGGACAGCUAUGAUCAGGGCUUAUGUGGAGAGUGGUCAAGUUGAUCAGGCCUUUCAGCUCUUCUAUCAAAUGCCUGAACGUAAUCUUUAUUCCUGGAAUAUAAUGAUCCAAGCCUGCUUGGAUUAUGACUUGGUGAAUGAGGCAGUGCGGCUGUUUAAUUGCAUGCCGUGGACGAAUGCAGUUUCUUGGACCACAAUGGUUACUGGGCUUGCACAGAAAGGAUUUAUUGAUUUGGCUCGGAAGUAUUUUGAUCAAAUGCCAAGCAAGGAUAUAAUUGCUUGGAAUGCUAUGGUAUCAGCCUAUGCUGAUCACGGCAUCAUGUCUGAGGCUAGUAAACUUUUCAGUUUGAUGCCGAAUCACAACAUGGUGACAUGGAACGCCAUGAUUGAUGGGUAUGCCAAAAAUGGGCAUCAAGAUGAAGCUCUCAAGCACUUUGUUCUCAUGCUACGAAGAUCCAGUGGGGCUAACGCAAUUACCCUCACUAGUGUAGUGAUUGCAUGUGAAGGAAUUCUUGAGCUGUUGCAAGCUCAUGGUCUUCUCGUCAAGCUAGGUCUUGAGCAAGAGACCUCAUUGACCAAUGCUCUUGUUACCAUGUACUCUAGGAGUGGAGAUCUUAGCUCAGCACGACUUGUUUUUGAGAAUCUUGAGGCGAAAGACAUUUUGUCAUGGACAGCGAUGAUUCUCGCGUACUCUAAUCAUGGUUAUGGUAACCAAGCAUUACAGAUAUUUGCUCAGAUGUUGCGAUCAGGCAAUAAACCAGACGAGGUUACGUUUGUUGGAGUCUUGACGGCCUGUAGUCAUGCAGGUCUUGUCAAGAAAGGCCAAAGGCUUUUUGACUCCAUGAGGUCUGCUUAUAAUAUCAUUCCCAAUAAAGAGCAUUACUGUUGUCUUGUUGACAUCCUUGGUCGAGCUGGGCUAGUCAAUGAGGCUGUCAAGGUGGUUUACCAAAUGCCUCCAGGAGAAUGUGAUGGUGCUGUUUUAGGAGCACUACUUGGCUCAUGCAAGUUAUAUGGGGAGGUUGCCCUGGCAAAGCUUUUGGGUGAGAGAUUAUUAGAGCUAGAGCCAUCUAGUUCAGGAAGCUAUGUGCUUCUAUCUAACUUGUAUGCUACUUGCGGUUUGUGGGACAAUUUUGCUCAUAUAAGAAAGAGGAUGAAGGAGAGUAGAGUGAAUAAAGUACCCGGUUUUAGUCAAGUAGAAGUAAAGGGUGAGAAUCAUGUGUUUUAUGCAGCAGACAGAUCUCAUAAGGAAAUGGAGCAGAUAUAUGCUGCACUGAAGGAGAAGCUUCUACCGGUGAUGCAAGAUAAAUAUUGCAUGUAUGAAGCUGUAGCGGUAUAGAUUGACAUGGAAUUACAUUUAGAGCUUGUGCUACUGCUUGGUGAUGCAAUUUUUGAUUGCUGGGAUAUGCUUUCCACUAAAUUGAUGCACGGUGCUGCAACAGUACAAAAGCAUUUGUUGUCUGAGAUACCACACUGAACCAGGAAGAUUAGGGGAAAAUUCCGUAGCUGAAUUGGUGGAAAUGCUGCUAAAAAGCACGGAGUUCCAAGGGUAUGCAUUUGACGGGGCCAAGGUGAAGAAGAGAGAAAAGGAGACUGGUAAUUUAGAGAAGAAGAGAUGCUGCCUAUAUUUCGGACUUCCAAAUAGAUCAAGUUUCCUAUUGCUUAACAUUGUGCAGCUAAAUUGAGCUCUCAUGAAACAAAUCAAUAUCAGAUAGGCUUCCCAAUUGGUCCAGCAGAAAGAAAAGCUUAGGACUUUUGCUUUGCAUAAGAGAUUCUCAAAGCUGAAGAUUCUUACUUAACUAACCAAGACUAUCAAACAGGGUUCCAUAACAAAGGAAAAUUAGGAGGCCUGGCAAUGGUAAUGCAAAUGGAAAAACUAAUGGCCGGGUAAUGCUGGUGUUUUAUGAAUUUUAUUCUAACUUGUUGAUCUUAAUAUUUCAUUUGUAAUAUCAGGUUUAUUUGAUGACUGAAAUGCCCUAUACUUGUACAGAUUUCUACAGGCUUCCUAACAGGGAGAAAAGGGUCAAAAGUUUCUUUGAUCAAAACAAGGGCCAUCCAUUUUUGCCCUUUCCUAUGUUGGAAGUUACAGUCCGAUUCAAACUCUCCUAGAUACCUUUUUGUUCUUCAUCAGAUGGAUGACACUUAAUAGGCAUCUAUUCUGAGAAGCUUCUUGCAUUCCAUGUUCACUACUGUUACUUUCAAAUGAACUAACAAACUCUGUAGCUGCUUCUGUUGUUCUUUAUUGUGAGUAUUCCCCGGAUACCCGGUUCAUUGUUUCUUUUUUUGAGGCACAUUUUCUUUGUAAACAUGACAAUACAAAAGACUGAAAUAAGAGAGAGUCGAUAUAGCGCAGAUGGAUUUACCGAACAA